AUGGUGACCUUCCAGGAGCCCCAAGUCUCCAGGUCCAUGCCGCUGCCCUUUACCAUCCAGCCGCCGCAGUCGCCGGCCCUCCGGCGGAAGCAGCUGAUGUGGCAGAAUGCGGUCAAGAACAUCAUCAGCCAGAAGGAGCAGACGCGAUGUGCCGGCGUGGAGCCCGUCCGCAAAAUCCUCAUAACCGAUGCCUACAUCGAUGAAAUCAACCGCCAGAUCCGCAGCAAGGCCUCGAGGGACGGGGGCUACUGCAAGAGGAGGCUGUCCAUGGCACGAAUCCACCCCAGCCAUGAGCGCUCCUCUACCAGCACCCAGUGCAGCACUCACUACAUCAGCGACUCCGACUUCUUUGUCAGCUGGGGCUCCACAGUCAAAGGCGUCUACCUGCCCACGCUGCAGCACACCUUCAAGUCACGUCACCUGGAGAAGCUCUACCAGCACUACUCUUCCCGGCAGCGGCGGACUUCCCUGGUCAUCACCAACGCCCUCGACAUAUUCGCCAAGCUCCACAUCAUUCUCAUAUACCUGGUGGUGGCCCCGGAGGCAGCUGACUCGGUGCGGGGCUGGCUGACAGGGCUCUUCAUGGCCCUGGGGAUGGUUAUGUGCCUUCUGGUGCUGACCUGCAAAAGGGUCAUGUCACCGCGGUACCUGCGCUAUGUAGGCGUGGCCAGCUGGCUCUCUCAGACGGUGCAGGUGCUGGGUGGACUGGCCUACGGACUCGAGAGGGACCAGUCCUGGUAUGUCCUCUUCUCCCUCUUCACCACCUACACAUUUCUCCCACUGCCUCUGCUCUGGUCCAUCUGCGCAGGCUCUUUCACCUCCGCCUUGCACCUCCUGGUGGACACCAUACGCAACUACGAUGACCCGGCUCUGCUAAGAAAGGUGUUGGCGAAGGGACUCCUGUACAUGGGCAUGAACACGGCGGGGCUGUUCAUCCAUUACCUGUCGGAUCGCGCCCAGAGGCAGGCCUUCCUGGAGACUCGGCGCUGCAUCGAGGGUCGGGUGAAGCUGGAGAGGGAAAACCAGAGACAGGAGCGUUUAGUGCUGUCCAUACUGCCCCGCUUCGUUGCCUUGGAAAUGAUUGCAGACAUGAAUGCUUUCGAUGAUGAGCUUCUACCCCAGCAGUUCCACAAGGUCUACAUUCACCAGUACAAAGAUGUGAGCAUCCUCUUUGCUGACAUCAAGGGCUUCACCAUGCUGUCCAUGAGCCUGUCUGCACAGGAGUUGGUGCGCACACUCAACGAGCUCUUUGGCCGCUUUGACCAUCUGGCUGAGGAGCACCACUGCAUGAGGAUUAAGAUCCUGGGGGACUGCUACUACUGCGUGUCUGGCGUGCCCGAGCCCCAGCGGGCCCACGCCCGCUGCUGUGUGGAGAUGGGGCUGGCAAUGAUCAGCACCAUACGGUAUGUGAGGAAACAGCUGAACCACGAGAUGGACAUGCGUAUCGGGAUCCACUCGGGAUCUGUCCUGUGUGGGGUGCUGGGGCUGCAGAAGUGGCAGUUCGACGUGUGGUCCUGGGACGUGGGCAUCGCCAACAUGCUGGAAGCUGGGGGGAUCCCUGGACGGAUCCACAUUUCUCGGGCCACCCUGGACUGUCUGGAGGGCAACUUCAAAACAGAGGACGGGCGCGGCCGCGAGCGCAACGAGUUCCUGCGCAAGUAUGACAUCGACACCUUCCUGAUCUGCCCCACGGAGAAGGACGGAGGCGACGAGGAGCCCGCCAAGGCCCAGCGUCGCUGUAGCAAGGCCUGGAGUGCCGAGCUGCCCUUCAGCACCAUCAUCGACAUGAACUCUAUCUUGGCCAGCUUUACAAAUGGAUUCCACAGCCAGACUCCCAACCAGGGGACAUCGCCAUGCUUGGGUUCCAGGGAGGUCAACAAACGCAUCGAGCAUGCCAUUGAGGUGCGCAGCAGCGAGCGAAUGAGGAAGGAGCACAUCACACCUGUCGCCCUGGUCUUCAAGGAUACGCACAUUGAGGAGAAGUUCUCACAGAUGAGAGAUGAUAUGUUCAAGUCCAAUGUGGUCUGCUCCUUCAUCGUGCUCCUCUUCCUCAUGGCAGUGCAGGCUCUCAUUCCAGCCCCCCAGGUGCGCCCCAUGGUGGUGCAGUUCUCUCUGUUCCUGCUGGCAUAUGCAGGCCUGCUGCUGGUCACACUGGCAGAGGAGUUCAAGCACUCUCCGCACGCCCUGCAGCAGCUCUGCUGUUGGAUCCAGGAAACCAAGAUCAUCCGGAACCUUCUCACCCUUGCUGCCAUUGCCCUCAACUUCGGCAUGGCAUCCUCUGACGUGCUGUGGUGUCAUAUGAUGGAGGCUGAGGGUGGAGAUGGGACAAACAAGACUGGGCAGAAUCCCUCCAGUCACCUGCCUGUCAACAUAUGCACUGACCCUGAGUUCUUUGUUCUCAGCGGGGUGGUUGCCAUGGUGACGUGCGCAGUGUUCCUCAGGCUGAGCUCCCUGUUGAAGCUGGCGGUGCUGCUGGUGGUCAUCACAGUCUAUACCUACCUCAUUGAGGUAGCCUUUUACAUGCUCUACCUCCAACAGCAGCAACUCAACCAUGUACACAGAUCCCACUACCUCAGGAGAAAGGGCAUCGCAGUUCUGCUGUUGGUCAUGUUUGUAAUAGCUGUGUUCUACAACAGUCGGCAGCUGGAGGCAACAGCAAGACUGGACUUCCUGUGGCGGAUGCAGGCACGGCAGGAAGUGGAGGACAUGAAGGAGCUCCGGGAACACAACGAGUGCCUGCUGCACAACAUCCUGCCCUCCCAUGUGGUACAGCACUUCCUGGAGAGAAACCGACAUGACGAGGACCUGUACUCCCAGUCCUAUGACGAGGUGGGGGUGAUGUUCGCCUCGAUCCCUGGGUUCACCGACUACUACGAACAGAAAGAGAUCAAGCAUGAAGGGGUGGAGUGCUUAAGACUACUGAAUGAGAUUAUUGCAGACUUUGAUGAGCUGCUGGAGGAGUCCUACUUUAACGACAUUGAAAAAAUCAAAACUAUUGGCAGCUGUUACAUGGCGGCUUCUGGUCUGUCACCUGAUAGGAAGGCUCAUGCUCGAGACGAAUGGCAUCACCUCUGUGAGCUGGUCCUAUUUGCCCUUGCCAUGCAGGAGACCCUGAAAGAAUUCAAUAAACGCUCUUCUAAUAACUUCCAGCUGCGUGUUGGGAUUGCCCACGGGCCAGUGGUGGCCGGAGUGAUAGGGGCCACCAAGCCGCAGUAUGACAUCUGGGGGAUGACGGUGAACCUGGCGAGCCGCAUGGACAGCACGGGGGUGAGCAGGCGCAUCCAGGUGCCUGAGGCCACCAAGCAGAUCCUGGCCAACUGGGGCUUCGUCCUGGAGCUGCGAGGCGAGAUCUUCAUCAAGGGUGUCAGUGAGCAGCAGGGCAUGAUACGCACCUACUUUAUCAGCAGCAGCCGUGCCCAGAAGGCCUACCGCCCCACGGUGGACAGGAGCUCCACCAGAGGGGGGCGCACCACGCUGGCAGGCGUGGUGUUCGGGCUGCUGCAGGCUCGCCACAGAGAGAAGCUGAGAGAAGCCAACGGGGGAUACCUCCUCUCCCCACAGAACAAUCAGAGAACCCUAGAGAGCUCCACCAACGGAUUGCUCCGGGACAGCUCAACAACAAUCCUCUGAACGUGCACUCGGAGAUGUACGUCUUCUUCGCCUUUCAGACAUCGCCACGCCACUACCUCUGUAGUUUCUUAUAGAUAUACACUCGGACCUUUCUGUCUGCCUCCAUCUGGAGAUCUUCAUGCCAAGGAACUCAAAAUUCCUCUUCAAUAAAUGUACUGUUUUCAGGAGAAUUUGAAUUAUGUGGACUCUUAGAUAAACAUCAUAGAAUUGAACUUCAUUAUUUGCAUAUUUGUUUGUUUUAUAAAAUGCAUUGAUGACUGUUAAGAUCCUCUUCUGGAGGAAUAAAGGGAAAAUAGCCAAAAAUGUACACAAUAUGAAAGUUUCAGCCAACUUCUCGUUUCUCAAAGCCACAUUCUUCAUAUUAGAGUAUAAAUCAUUUUGAGUAAUGUAUUAUAAGUGCUAUAUAGUGUAAUUGUAA